AAAAAAGGAGAUCAAGUAGGAGAUGAGAGAGCCUCUAAGAAUGACCAGUGAGGUUUCUUUAGUCCAGUUCCUGAAGUCAGAAGAUGACCUGGAGUGACCUCAUCCAGAGAAUAAUCAUCCUUUCUCUCACUGGCCCUGGAGUGGUGGGGAACGUCCUCAUAGUUGUGAGACAUGCACACACUUUGAUCAUGGGUCCUGUGAAAAAAUCCACAGACCUUAUUCUCAUCCAUUUGGCUUUUUCAAAUAUUAUCAUCAUCUGUACCACAGGAGUGAGAGACAUAAUCACAGUCAUUUAUAUCAGUAACUUCCUACUAGGUGACAUUCUUUGUAAAACUGUGUUUUACUUGAACAGGGUUGCUCGAAGUCUCUCAAUCUGCACUACCUGCUUCCUCAGUGUAGUCCAGGCCAUCACCAUCAGUCCCAGGAACAACUUGUGGAGAAAGCUCAAACCACACACUGUAUGGCAGGUUCUUCCCUACCUCCUCAUCUUCUGGGUCUUUAGCUUCCUCAUCAGUUCUAACUUACUCCACUAUAUCGCAGCAGUCAACAGCAUGAAUAAAUCUGCAGUUAGGAAACAUGUUGAGCAUUGUUACAUACUGCCAGCUCCACAAAUAAUCAAAUGGCUCGUCCUCUGCUUCAUGACUCUUCGAGACCUCACCUUUCAGAGUAUCAUGGGAUGGAGCAGUCUGUACAUGGGUCUACAUCUGUACAAACAUCACAAACAAGUCUUCUACCUCCAGAGCUCCAGGUGUACCAAAUAUCCCAGCCCAGAGAUCAGAGCUACUCAGAGUAUUCUCAUUUUCAUGACCUGUUUCCUGUUCUUUUAUUGGGCAGAUUUCAUUUUUUCCUUCUACAUAGGGUUCACUCUGACACAGUUUUUCACACUAUCCAAUGUUAAACUAUUUCCAGAAUUUGGUUUUGCCAGUCUCAGUCCCUGUGUCCUGAUUGGCAGAGAAUUCCACCUUGCUAAAUGCUGGAGUGCUCACUGAGGGGUGCAAGAUGCAGCUUCUCUGCUACCUUUUCUAGUCACUUAAACUAUAUUUCUAGAAACUGCCUGUCCUUGACUGCAUGAAGUACUAAUUCAUUGAGGUCUAUACAAAUAGACGUGGUUUCUAGAAGGAGCCUCAUACUAGGCAAUCUAAGCGUAUUCAGAUGUUUUGGGAACCUAGAAAGAGAGUCUUCCUUUGCCUUCAAUUUGCCAUUCCUGACACAUGG